GGUGGUGAUGCUGCGGUCUAGCUACACCAUCGGUGUCUGUCACUAGAUGUCAACUGUCAUUGGCACAAUCUUAGCAUGGCCGACACUACCAUUUUCUCUUUCACUGGUGUAACAUUAGUUUAAGUACUAGUGUGUUGGAUGACGGACGAUUGUUAGACCAUUAAUCUGACGAGUGUGCUGGAACAUUUGGUGGUGCUGAAUGAAGCUGACCAUGCGUGUUCUAGAAUGAUCUGUAGCCCCGUGUCUCCAGAAGCUCUGCCCCCUACCUCUGCUGUAUGGCUGAUACUUCUGGUCCUCACGUCCACCCUAAGUCCAGUAGCCAGUCAGUCGGGUCUCCUGAUUGCGGCUGCCUGCUAUGGAAACAUCAACAACUACCUACGACUGGACUGUGGGGAGAGCGGGAAGAUCCAAGUCAUCAAUGUCUACCACGGCACGCGGGCCAAGUCCUACAACUGUACCAGUCCAGCUAGCGUGGACACUUACAACAAGGAGUGCUGCAACAGGAUCCCCUCUGACUGUAUGAUGCGCGUGGCAGACAGCGCCUACGUCGUGUGCAACAACAAUGCCAGGUGUACCGUGGCCUCCACCUGGUCCAACGCCAACAAGGAGUGCGACCAGGACACCUACCCACAGAACUCCAACUACAUGCUGAUGGAGUACAGGUGCCUAGGUAUAACAACGGCAGCUGAAACAACAACCACUAGUAUUAAAACUAUCGACAGAAAUCAGCUGAUCACAAACAGCACAACAGCAUGGCCUACGACAGCCUGGCCAACAACUGCUGCAUCGACAACUGAAUCUACAACUGUCGCAACGAACAAUAAGCCUACAGGCUAUAAAUCAACAUUGUUACAGCCCCUUACAACCCAACCUCCCACACAUCCGUUCCCCACUCCACUCCCCACAGACCAAACCCCCUCACAAGCCCCCACACAGCAGUCGACUGUGGCACGGAACAGCACAGGACGAGUGUACAACCACACCCAGCCAGCACUCAGUGCCUUCAGCACAGAGAGACAAUCGGCCAAAUCAGAGGAGGAAUUGAGUAAUGCCAUGGUUGGUGCCAUCAUAGGGGGAUCGCUAGGGAUGUUCUUGACACUGGUAGCCUUCAUCUUCUAUUGGGGCAGAAAACGCCACCUGAGGAUCGUGGGCAAGCCCCAGCCCACUGUGUGGGACUACCUCCUGUCUCAGACCUUCACCGUGCGGGGCUCCAGGGGAUACGACCACUUCUCCAGCGUCAGAUCUUCGGCCAGUUCGGACGGUGAGGCCGGCAGUCCGGUCGUCAGAAAAAACAUGUGGCUGCCCAACAUUGUACACAGGGAAGACACGGCUCAGGAUGACGCCAUCAGUAACUAUGACAACGAGACUGACAGACACAGGGUGGAGGUGCACCCACGGGCCUCACCAACGCCCUACGCCUUUGUCAACCUUUACGUGGACGCCCCAAGCACAUCCCAAGGUUAUCAAGGUCAUCACGAGGCUUAAGGGUAAACUCAUUUACCCUUGUGGGGACAAAUGCGGAGGUCUGAAUGUUGCCCAGUCUAUUGAGGUCAUUCCAAGGUCAUUUGGAGGUCUGAAUGUCAACACAUUCAUCACUUUCGUUGAGACAUUAAAGUCAUUUUUAGGUCAUUAAGAGGUGUGAAGGUCAACAGGUUCAUCACUUUCGUGGAAACAUUGACGUCAUUCCAAGGUCAUUAGGAGUCAGCAUAUUCAUCAUUUUGUAAGAGGCAUU